AUAUAUGCUGAGUCUUUUUUUUUGGCGGGUAACGAAGUGGAAUCUCCAUCAAUAUCAUCAAAGUUGAGGCAGAAACAUUGGCUCCCAGGCGGAAACACAAAGACAUCAUUCAAAGUUAUUCAUACUUUGGAUUUUCAUUGAUUUUGCUUGGUUUCAACAAUUUUCCAUCAAACUAAAAUAACAGGCCAUAGACCAAAGACGACCAAGACGACCUCUAGUUACAACAAUUCAGCUCAAAUCUAAGUGUUAGCUACUAGAUAUAGUUCUUCCCCUUUUUUCGCUAUCUUUAUUUUAGUCUCUGAUUCCCUGCUGUUGCAAUUUAAGAAGAAAACAUGGCUGGAACAUUGGUGGGUGGAGCUUUUCUCUCUGCUACACUUCAGGUGCUGUUUGAUAGGCUGGCUCACCGUGAGGUCCUGGACUACCUGCGAGGAAAGAAAUUCAAUCAAGGGCUGCUCAAAAAGUUGAAGAUAAUGUUAGUAUCUGUUAAUGCGUUGCUGAAUGAUGCAGAGGAGAAGCAAAUCAUAAACCCGGCAGUGAAGGAAUGGCUGGAGGAGCUUGAAGAUGCUGCAUAUGAUACAGACGACCUGUUGGAUGAGAUUGCAACUGAUGCUCUGCAGUACAAGUUGGAAUCUGAAUCACCAACUGGCACAAGUGGCAAGGUGAGAAAAAUGGCCAACCUCUUUUCUCACAAUUCCUAUGUUUCUGAUAUGGAGAACAGGAUGAAGGAGAUCCUUGAGGUGGUUGAGUAUAUUGCAAAUCAGAAGUAUCUCCUUGAUCUCAAAGUCAAAGAGGGUGUGGCAUCACCAAGGGAACCAACCACAUCUUUGGUAGAUGUAUCUCAGGUUUAUGGUAGAGAUGGUGAUAAAGAUGCUGUACUCAAGAUGUUGCGAGAAGAGUAUAAAGAUAGCAGUAACCCAUAUGUGGUGAUCGCAAUAGUGGGCAUGGGAGGGGUUGGUAAAACCACCCUUGCCCAGUUAUUGUACCACGAUGACAGAGUUAAGAAGCACUUCGAGCUCAAAUCAUGGGUGGACAAUUCUGAAAGAUUUGAUAUUUCUAUGGCAACACAAGCGGUCCUUACAGCAGUAACUGAUGAUCAUCCUGCAUCCCAGUCUUCUUCUUAUGAUAACAAGGACUUGGAUUGGCUCCAAAAUAGGUUGAAAGAGGUUCUCACAGGAAAAAAAUUCUUACUUGUUUUAGACAAUGUGUGGAAUGAGAAUUGGGAGCACAUGAGUAAACCUUUCAAACAUGUCGCUCGAGGAAGCAGGAUUCUUAUAACAACUCGCCAUGAAGAAGUUGCAAAAAGGAUGGGCGCUACUUCAACUCUUUAUCAUCUUGGGCAAUUGAACAACGAUGCUUGUUGGCAACUGUUUGCAAAGCAUGCAUUUGACAAUCCUAAUGCAUGCCAAAUUUCAGAAGAAAAUUAUAAGCAAAUGAUUGUCGAGAAAUGCAGAGGAUCACCCUUAGCUGCAGAAACACUUGGAGGAGUUUUGCGCUACAAAGAAAAUGAGAAAUGGAAAACAAUAUUAGACGGUGAGAUUCCGGAUUUCUCAUAUGAAGAUAGCAAAAUUCGAUCAGUUCUGUUGUUAAGUUACAGCUACCUUCCCUUGCACCUAAAGCGGUGCUUUGUUUUUUGUUCAGUAUUUCCAAAGGGCUAUGAAUUUCAAAAGCAUCAGCUGGUCUUAUUGUGGAUGGCGGCAAAUCUUCUGCAGAAACCGAAGAAAAAUAUGAUAACAAUGGAAGAGGUAGGCUAUAAAUACUUCGACGAGUUAUGCUUAAGAUCGUUAUUUCAAAAAUCAAGCGGUAGAGAAGAAUCUUGCUUUGUCAUGCAUGAUCUUAUUCAUGAUUUAGCCCAAUAUGUGUCCAGGGGACAUUAUUUUACAUUAGAAGAUGGCAACUCAGAGGAAGUUACGAUGAAGAAGGUGCGUCAUCUAGUUGUUGCAUCGCAUGUAUCAGAUAAGACAUUGGAUUCUAUUUUGCAAACAACUCAAUUACGCACACUUUUGCCAUCAUCUAGUAAUUCAUUUGACUACUUGUCUAAUAAAGCAGUAAAUCAAGUAGUGUCGGAUUUGAAGUUUUUGAGAGUACUAAAUUUGUCUUGGUGUGAAAAGUGUAAGGAGUUGCCUAAAACAAUUGGUGAUUUGAAGCAUCUUCGUUAUCUUGACCUCUCUAACACUUUGAUAAGAAGAUUGCCUAAGUCUGUGACUAGGUUGUACAAUUUACAAAUAUUAAAAUUAUCAAGGUGUCAAAAACUCUUUCACCUGCCGAAUGAUAUGCACCGUCUCAUCAACUUGCGGCAUCUUUAUAUAGAUGGGUGCUGCAACAUGAAAGAGAUGCCAAGACAAAUAGGCAGACUGAAAAGUCUCCAAACAUUGACUACUUUCAUUGUGGGACAAGAUGGAGCCAAGAUAGGAGAGUUAGUGGAGCUUUCAGAGCUUAGAGGAAAUCUUUGCCUCCAGAAUUUAGAGAAUGUUGCAGAUGGUGAUGAUGCAUCAAAAGCCAGGUUGGUGAACAAAAACAAGCUCGAAGAGGUGACAUUUUCUUGGAGCGGUGAUACUAAAGAACCACAACAUGACAAGGGUGUUCUUGAAGAGCUAUUGUCUGGCACAGAGUUGAAAAGGCUUAAUAUCAUUGGAUAUAGAGGUGUGAAAUUCCCAAACUGUUUUCAGAAUCCUAAUACCAUUAGCAACAUAGUAUCUAUAAAACUUGAAGGAUGUAAAUAUUGCCAAUCUUUGCCAGCACUUGGAGAACUGCCCUCCCUCAAAACUCUUUAUAUCAAACAACUUGAUGGAAUUGUAAGUGUGCGUAAAGAGUUUUACGGGACUAACGGUAAAUUUGCAUCAUUGGAAUCCUUAAGUUUCUCUUUAAUGUCAGCCUGGAAAGAAUGGAAUUCAACGGGAGUUGAAGUUAAAGAUGGAGUUUUUCCUAAGCUCCAAGAGCUCUGCAUAAGUGAUUGUGAUAGGCUAAUUACUGUGGAUUUGCCUUCUGACCUUCUAUCUUUAACAAAACUACUUGUAAUUGGUAGAACCAAGGAGGCUAUAAUUCAGUCAUUACUUCCAAGAACUCAAGUUCUCCAUCAUUUGGAAGUAGGCAAGUGCAAAAAACCUAAGGAAGUGCUACAAACAGUUGAUUGUAAUGGUGUAAAAUCAAUGAACGAGGCAUUGGAGAGAAGUGAAACUUGUGUUCUUCCUCACAGUAGUGUUUCCUCAAAAAACAGCUUCCCUGCAGAGUUUCUGUCGGCUUCCCUCACACACAUAGAGAUCAAGAAUUGCCAGAACCUGGAAUCCUUUCCCCUGCAUUCCCUUCCCAACCUCAUGCAUCUCUAUCUUGUAGAGUGUGAAAAUCUAAAACAUAUCAAAGUUGCCAAAAAUUCAUUUUCUCUUGGUAGUUUGUUCAUCAAAGGUUGCCCAAAUUUCACCUCUUUCAAUGAAGGCAGAUUGAAAACCCCUAAUCUGAAUUCUCUUACAGUUGAAGAUUGCGAGAAACUGACGAAGCUGCCUGAACAAAUGCCUUACCUGCUCCAAUCUUUGAAACAACUGCAGAUCAUUAAAUGUCCAAAGGUAGAGUCAUCUCCUGAAGGAGGUCUGCCCUCUAACCUGAAUGGACUUUCAGUUUCCAAUUGCAGUGCACUGAUUAAAGACCUGAUUAAAAACCAAAUAAAGUGGAAGUUGAAAGAACUCCAAGCUCUUGAAUACUUUGAUAUCAGAGAUGAAUCAGAUGCAAAUGUGGAGUUGUUUCCAAAGGACGAUUUGCUGCCUUCCAAGCUUACCUCGCUUUGCAUUGGCCCACUUGCAAGUCUUAAGGAACUAGACAUGAAGCAGCUUCAACGACUUACCUCUCUCAAAUCUUUAGGCAUUCAGAGCUGCCCCAAAUUAGCCACCCUAAAAAUUGACACAGCCUUAGGCGCCCCAACAUUACCAAAAUUACGUAGUUUGUUCAUCAAAGAUUGCCGGGAUUUCACAUCUUUCCCUGAAGGCGGACUGAAUGCUCCAAAUCUGAAUUCGCUUACAGUUGAACGUUGCGAGAACCUGAAGAAUCUGCCAGAGCAAAUGCAUAACCUCCUCCCACGUUUGGAACACUUGGGGAUCAUUGAAUGUCCAAAGGUGGAGUCGUUUCCUAAACAAGGUUUGCCCUCUAAUCUGAAAGGACUUUCGGUUGAUAAGUGCAGCAAACUGACUGCAAAGCGAAUGGAGUGGAAUCUGCAAAAACUCCCAGCUCUUGAAUGCUUUGAAAUCAAAGAUGCAAAUAUGGAGUUUUUUCCGGACAAGGGUUUGCUGCCUUCCACUCUUACCUGUCUCAGCAUCGGUCCACUCCCAAAUCUUAAGAGACUGGAUAAGGAGGAGCUUCAACAACUCAGCUCUCUCAAAUCCUUAAUCAUCAUGGGAUGCCUCAACUUAAAGAAACUGCCGCAAUUGCCUGCCUCUCUUACUUGUUUAACUAUUAAUGAAUGUCCUGCUCUCAAAGCAAGGUGCCAAAGGAAGAAAGGGAAAGACUGGAACAUAAUUUCUCAGAUCCCCAGAAUUCGCAUCGACAAUGAGCCUGUUUAAUAUGGAGGGCAGUGAUCUAUGUUGACAUGUAUAAGUGAAUGUGAGUAAUUUUAUUUUUUAUUUUAUAUUUUAUUUUUAUUUUUAUUUUUUUUUUUUUUUUUUUUGUUCCCAGACAACAUGUUGAUCUUCAUUUCUCUGUAUUUUUGCUAAAGAUCUUUUACUCUGUUUUUUGUGCUCUGCUUAGCUGAAUGAUUUGGUUUUUCAGUUUCUUUUCACUUGCUAACAUUCUAAUGGUGUGCAUUUAUUUAGCAGUGGCUUGCUAGUAUAUAGACUUGUCUUCUUUGCUUGUCUUUCCAAAAAACUGCAUAUCAAUGAAGAAUAUAGUUUCUUUCAUACAUUUUGAUGUUAAUUUUGACUUGCAUUAGUUGUUUCUAAGUACAAAGUACCACUGAAAUAUACAGUUUGUACAGAUGGUAUUUCUAUAGCCCUUGUUUGGCCAUGAAGAACAAAAACUAUUUUCUAGCGUUAAAAAAAAAAAUUAAUAAUAAUAAUAAUAAUAAGAUACUUAGCUUUUAUGUAGCUUAUUUAUUUGUUCAGAAAGUCUGCUUCAUACCCACUUCAUGGCACUUUCCUCUUGUUCAAGAAAGCAUGGAAACUGAUAUUUUUUUGGUUCACCAAUGUAUCAUUUCUAUGACUGCACCCAGUAAGUUGCUUAGGAAACUGUCUGUUAUUACAACCCAUAUGGGGCUUGGAGUCCCCUCAAGCGAAAUAUUAAAAGCAAUUGCAGAGGAUGUCAAAUGCCAUUGGAGAUAAGGAUAGGGAUUUUACAACUGAGCUUUUCUGGUCUUUGCUUCCAAUUUUUCUUUGCUUCCUUGGUUUUAGAUUAUCCUGCAAGAUGGCAACAAAUGCCAAUUAAAUUCUCAUUUUCUGUUUUUUGUUGUUUUUUGGGGAUAAUAGAUAUUUUUAUAUGCCUUGCUAGCUACAUAUACAAAACCAGGUAUUUCUAAAUUUUUCUUUUAAUUUUGUGGUGGAUCAAUUGUUAUUUUUACAUUUACAUAUUGAAUGGAUUUUGAUGGCUCAAGGAUUUUAAUUCAUUUUUUUCUUAUUAUACAUCAACUGUUAAUUCUUUGAUGUACCUUAUGUUAAUUUUGUCAUGGUAUUGAAUGAUUGUUGACCCUAAUUUGUAUACUCUUCCAAUGAAAGUUGGGUUCUUUGCUAAAAUAAUACUGAAAUAGUAUAUUUCUGGUUGAUUCACCAAAAUCUUCUUUUACUCUGUUUUCUUUUUGAUUCCUUACGGUUCCAAGUGUAUUUAUCAAACGUAGAAGGGCGUUGCAGGUUUAUAGAUUCUGUUUGUUUUGAACUAAUUGGUUUAUGUAAUUGUAGCUAUUAUAGAACCAAAGUCUCAAUGUUCUCAUUGGUGUGCUAAAUACUAUCUCUUUGGAUUAAAAAUUUUAUAGUUCUUAUAGCCUGGUCUUAUAUUUAAUAAUGUUUACUUCCUAACUUAAUUUGUGUGCUUUGUUUGAAUCUUCAAAAGUGAAUGUUAAUCAAGAAUAUGGCUUUUCUUCUUUUGAUGGUAUUUAUGUAUGGAGUAUGUGUUAUUGUAUUCUAUAGAGGAUUAAUGAUGGUAUUUUCAUUUA